AUGGUGACUGGUCGGGUGUGCAAGAAUCCUCUAGGACUGUUCUCGAAGGGAGCCCAGGAGACGCUGGAAGUCAAACUGCGCCUUGUUCCCGUUCCCACGGUCGUCCAGAACGAGUAUCUCGACAAUAUGCACAAAUACCGGGAAUUUGGCAAUGCCGUCCCUCACGACUACGAUUCUCAGGCUUGGUCCAACUUUAUGCGUCAAAAUCCCGGUCUAUCGGAAUCCUCCAGGAGCCAGCAGCCCGCAUCUCCUAUGAACCAGUUCGGGAUUGACAGGUUUCAUCAAAUCUUGAGCGAAGGAUCCACGCCUCGAGAAUUUUCUACGUUCCCUGGAAACGAGUCGGUCCGGUCAGUGUCGCCUACACAUUCUUUCACUGCACCCAGUCGGAUGUCAACCCCAGGGGGCUCUCGAGUACCAAACCAGCAACAGUCCCAAUCUAAACAGGGCAUUCCCCACAAUGAUUUGGUUCGCCCUUCCUCAAGCGCUUCGAUGCGGGACAUCGAGUUCCAGACACAGACAUCCUAUAAUGCACGGAGAGGGUCAAUCCACUCAGGAUAUGGGAGUGGUGGUGAGGAAUGCAUCGAUCCUCAACCGCGGAAAAGGGCCAAGGUGUAUCAGGCCGGCUGGCCGGGCAAGUCCGAUAUGAAUAUCGAAAGGCACCCAAGCUCACUGCGAGUAGCCGCCAGCACCGCGGCCUCCGUUCGAAUCCACCGUCCGACUCCUGUCAACCCAUCUAUUGCAGCUGAACAGUCCCACGAUGAGCCUAUUCGUCCACCCACCCCGAUCUCUCGACCCGGCGGUCUUCCCCGCCGAGGACGGCUUCCCACCAGUCUGUUGCGAGAAUCCUCAACCAACAGCAGCACUGGAUACACAUCGCCUUAUUACAUUAGCGAUGAUAAUAUUGCUACGGACCCCACGGGUCAUUCGCCCGAGGAGUCUCGCUAUCAGGGUCUUUUCGAGCCUUCAUUUUCCAUGCCAUCUUCUCCCCCAAUCAUGGAGACUCGAUUCCCGACUAGGUCGAGUCCUGUUUUGCCCCCCAUCUCCCUGGACACAGAUUCCGGUUUUAUGAGUGGGGGCUUGGAGGAUUUCUUGAGUGAGGAUGCUGCCACGCCUUUGGAAGAUGCCAGAAGAGCUUGCUCCCACGAUAUCACUCAGGACAAGCCCCCUGUGCGCCCAGCCGUCCAAGCCAGUUCUCCGGCUAGCGCCAUUGGUACAGUUUCAGUCAAUCCAUCUGAUUCUUGCCUUGUGGGCGAUGGUCCACAAGAACAGACACCCAAGGAAACAGCGCCCCCGCUCUCUCGUCCGAAUACCUCGGCGGGAUCUCGACCUGAGUCGAGGAGUGGUGUGCGGAUCGCACCAAAACCACCAGUGCUGGCGCCCGUGUCACAGAUUCAGGUUCAGAACUCGGUGAACGCGAACCCCUCGCGCAAGAAAGAUAUUACGAACCCUGCCAGUGACCCUGUUGGGCCCAUUCGCCCUCCUCUCAAACAUUCUCAGAGCGCAUCUGGUCCGAUGAGCGAUUUUAUAGUGUUGACACCGGGCCGCCGAGGGGCGGGUGCCAAGCGGGUGCAGACGCGCUUGGAUGAGGCCAUUGCGAAUGGGAAAGUUCCCCCUUACUGCGAAAACUGUGGUACAAUUGAGACCCCCACAUGGCGUCGAGCAUGGUCAAAGGAGAUUGUAGGCGGAGAGCAACUCGCUGCCGAGAUGAUGCAAAACCCGGUCAUGUUGUUCUGGCAGAUCAUGGAGCGAAAUACGAACGGCGAAGUAUGCAAGUUCAAGAUUUACAAGAAGAGCAUGGAGCGCGACGCUGACUGCGUGCAAAUACUCCUCUGCAACCCUUGUGGUCUCUGGCUCCAUAAAUUCAGAAGCAUGCGUCCUGAGAGCAGGUGGAUCAAAAGCUCCGAGAACAAGAAGAAACGUCCUUCGGGAAGCCGCAAGGGCGGUCCGCUCUCCAAUCCCUGCCCUGCAACUCGGACUCGAAGCAAGGCCGCGCCGACCAAGCCCCAGGCGUCCUCUCCAGCGCCCACCGAGGCCUCCUCUGUGCCCGCCGAGGACAUUGAUCAUGAAAAUGACCAGGAUGAUGAUACAGAAGCACCCCCCAGCAAGCGUCGCCGUGCGAACAGCACUGAGCCCCCGCGGUCGACUGAGAUUGCUGAAAAUCGCUGGGAGGAACAAGAUGCCGUCGAGGCGCUGCGACGGGCCGUUCAAUCCAGCCCGGCACGCAACGUGGAAUCUCGCACUGCUCCAACGACAGGCGGUGACACUGACAGCCUUACGCCGAAGCCGGUGCGGAGACUGCUAUUCCCUGGCGUACAGAAUGAAGAGCCCCUCAAAGAGCUCAGUACUUCGUCCGUCAACAGCUGCUCCCCUCGACGUAGCCCUCGCAUUGCGUCGCAAGACAAGCGAGGUCAGGAGAAGGAAAACCAGGCACCUACGCCGCAAGACGACCUCGACGGGCUCUUCGAAAGCCCCAGCGUUGACUUUGAGCUGCCCGUCAGUCCGACUCCUCGUCGACGUCACCUGAGGGCGAAUAUUCUCAACGAUAAACGGGUCCCGUUGCCUUGCAACUCGCCAACCAUCAACAAGCGCAAGGAGAUUGGCUCUGCCACUACGCCAACCCGAUUGUCUGCGGAGCGGCUGCAGCGUAUCCAAGAAAGCAAGGGAAGCCCCCGGCCCUCGCCACGACAGCACCGUUCUCCCAAUAAGCACGGCAUGUCCGCGCUGCCAGAUGGCGGACUGCACUCAGAGGCCUUCGAGUCGCUCGAUGGAAUGAUCCUGGACAUUUUCGAUGACGCUUCUGGCCAACCCAACUCCUUUUUCCAGCUGGAGAACAACAAGUUCGCUGGUGACAACUGGGCUGACUGGCUCCCGUCCAACUAUGUGUCUCCAGCGGGAUCGGACGACGACCAUGAGCAUCCGUCAGAGGAUCUCAUCAAUGCGAUCCUGUCCGAUCCUGACAUCCACAAGGAAAAUCUCCAGAACUCGGAGAUCUUCAACUUUGGGGACUCGGCUGUCCCUGAUUCGGGCUUCUUCAGCUCCGACGCUCUUCAUGCGGAUCCCGCCGGUCUGGCGUCAAAACCCCAGGCCUCUUCCAAUGAGCAGCCUACCGGUCCACCGGUAACGUCUCCUACAGCAUGA